AUGGAGGAUGAGAUGAUAAGGGAUCGUAUCGUUAUCGGAUUUCGAGAUAACCAUACCCGUAAAAAGUUGUUACAGAAGAAACUGGACCUUCAGCGUUGCAUAGAUAUAUGCCGGUCGAAUGAGAAAUCUGAAUCUCAACUCAAAUCUAUUGCAGAUGUUCACCAUGUCAAGGUCAAACAGAAAGUGAAACAAGAUAAUCGUGGUAAAAAUGAGAAACGUAGAGACAACCACACACAAUCCAUACUAACUGUUCAGUCUUGUCGUUACUGUGGGAGAACACAUCCGCGCAGUCGAGAGAAAUGCCCAGCGUUUGGACAGACUUGCAACUUGUGUGGCGAGCAGAGCCAUUUUGAGAGGAAAUGUCCUAAUAAAGAGCCUCCUAGAGCAAAACGUCAUGAAAAACGUCGUGGUACAUGGAACCGCAGAAAGUCCCAAAUUCAUGAGAUUGAGACUCAUGAAAGUGACUCAUCAGAUGAACUCGUUCUUAGUGACAAAGAAUUACAGAAUCUUAAGAAAACUGAUGUUACCCUACAGAUGUACAACAAAUCAGAAACCAAGGCUUUGGGCACCAUUAGAAUGUCUGUUCGAAAUCCGUGUAAUGGAAAGAAGUACUACAGUGUAUUUUGGAUUGACAUUAAAGAAGAAAUAAAUGAGAAGUAUGCAAAUGUGUUCAAGGAUCUAGGUAAACUGAAUGGCAAGCUUCAUUUGGAGGUCAAGGACAGUGUGCGACCUGUACAGUUACCGCCUAGGAAAAUACCGUUAGCCUUGAAACCAAAAGUGAAAGAAGAGCUAAACCGACAAGAGAAAUUAGGUGUCAUUAAACCGGUUAACACACCAACCGACUUGGUAUCUGCCUUAGUAGUGGCUCCUAAACGCAGCGGUGACAUUCGCCUAUGUAUUGACCCGAAACCACUCAAUAAGGCAUUAAUGCGGAACCAUUACCCAACACCUACUAUAGAGGAUAUUCUACCCGAAUUGCAUCAAGCUCGUAUAUUCUUCAUUGUUGAUGCAAAGGAUGGAUUUUGA